AUGGCGGAGACAGGAUCACCAAGAACUUCCAGCAGCACCGUCGUAGUCUCCCUGAGCGACAUGCACGGACUACAUCUGCGCAAUGAUAUCCUCGACAUUCCGGACGGAGACUUGCUGGUUAUCGCUGGCGACAUCGAGCUCCGCAACCCCCGGGAUGUGGAGUUACUGGAGCGCUGGCUUGCCUCGCUGCCCCACCGAGACAAGGUGGUCGGAUUUGGUAACAUGGACAGAUUGGCGUACGAGUUGGGCGAGGGGCUCAAGGUCGCGGGUGCAGUGGUGGUGGUGGACCGGGUUGUGGAGGUGGCGGGGUUGCGGCUGCUGGCGUCGCCCUGGUCUCCUGAGUAUGCGGGUGUGUGGCAGCUGGAAGAUGAGGCUGAGGGGCAACGGCACUGGUCCAGACUGCUGCCCCCUGACCUGGAGCUGGACGUGCUCGUAACUCACACACCGCCGUACGGGUACGGUGAUCUCACACGAGGACGUCACGUGGGCGACAAGCAGUUGCUCGCUGCCGUACAGGCUUUAAAACGACCGCCACAGCUGUGGAUUUGCGGUCACAUCCACGAAGCUGUGGGGGAAUACCGCGUGGCCCAUCCCCGGUCGGUCAACGGGGGAAUCUUACUGGUCAACGCCGCCAUCUUCUACGCGGGCGCCCACAAGGCCUUCGAGCGGCGUGCGCAGCCUCGUGCGGUCUCCCUGCCUGAGGGGCGUGUGGUGGCGCAAGGCGACCCGGCAAACCUGGCGACGCGUGACGCCAUUGCCGCUGCGGCCGCCGCCGCGCCAACGGCUGCUGCUAUCGGCGAGGCGGCGGGGCAGCUGGAGCCCGACCGCAAAGCCAGCAGGCUGAAGGCUGGCAAGCUGCGAUUGUGUCUGCUGAGCGUUGAGCAUCCGGCCUGGACUGCGGACUUGGCGGCCGAGCCCCUGCUGUGUGCCGGCAACGGCACCUCUGACUCAUACGUUUACGCCCAAGCAAGGGGCUGUCGGUGGCAGGUCGCGGACCUCCCGAAUACGUGUAACGGCCAAUGA